AUGAGCUACAACAACUACGAGACCUCUUAUACUUCGUACGGUGGCGGCGGAGGCGGCGGUGGUGGUGGAUUCAUGCCCGAUGGCAGCCAGAAUAGCCCCAGCAGAGGACGUGAAAAUGCUCAAGACACACUCCGGCCCGUCACCAUUAAGCAGGUCCUCGAUGCACAGCCUGAUGGCGACGACUUCAAGAUAGAUGGCAACAAGAUCUCACAGCUCACCUUUAUCGGGCAAAUACGCAACAUCGCCACGCAAACGACGAACAUCACAUACAAGCUUGACGACGGCACAGGCAGCAUCGAGGUGAAGCAGUGGAACGAUGCCGAUGCUAUGGAGACCAGUCCGUUGAAAUCAAAGCUCAUAGAAGGUGCCUACUGUCGAGCUUGGGGAAAGCUAAAGAGCUUCCACGACCGACGGCAUGUCAACGCGCAGAUCAUCCGCCCAGUCGAGGACAUGAAUGAAGUACAAUACCACCUGCUCGAAGCCACAUCAGUCCAUCUAUACUAUACUCGUGGACCUCCGGGUGCAUCCGAGAAUGCAGGCGGUGCAGCUCAAGCGAAUGGUGCUGUCCAGGAGACCGGAGCUGCACCAAACCUCGGAAAGGUCAGCAAAGUGGCUCAACAGGUGUACAAAUUCCUUCAAAAUUCAAACGACAAUAACGAGGGCGUUCACUAUCAGGUCAUCUCCUCUGAGCUAGGCCUCGAUACCGCGGAGGUGGCCAAGGCGGGCGACGAACUGCUCGAGGGAGGACUCAUAUACACCACUCUCGACGAUGUGACUUGGGCUUUACUCGACCCAGCAGCAUAG